UUUUGUUGUGUUUGUUUUCUUGAAUAUUUUGUGAAAAUGACGAUGGAUCCAUUGUUUUUAGCACUUAGUUUGUUUCGGAGGAGAAAGUUUGAAGAAUGUUCGGAGAUAUGCACGCAAUUGUUAAAGAAAAACCCUUACGAUCAAGUGAGAAAUAUUAAAAUAUAAUUUGAGUUGUCAAGUGUCAACACGAUCUGUUGCUAUAGCUAGCAAACCUUUUGCUUUGCUUACAUUUUCCUGGCAGAACAAAAUACUUAGCAGCCAAGCGACGUUUCUUGGUGUGAUGGGUAUUUACCAUAUUACCAUCACACAUUACAAGAAUUUACUUGCCAGCAAAAUGUAAACAAGCCCAUAGUCUUUUAUAUGUGAUUAAAAUACUCAUUUAAUAAUUCAUAAACCUUGUGGCAAAUCAUGUCAGCCACAAUAUGUCACGUGGAGUGACUUUAUAUCUGAUAAAGCAUGAGGUAUUAUUAUAUAAUUGUUCAUCCUAAUUAGUAUGAUUAUAUAAUGGUUUAUCCUAAUUAGUAUUCUUUUGUAGUCGUAUUUUAAGCCAUUUAAAGCACUUGUAGUCGUGUUUUAAUCAGGUAUAAAACGCUCGGCAAUUUAUAUUUGAUAAAACACUCCUACACGUGCUUUAAAUAGUACUUCAUAUAAUGAUAUAAUAAUACACCCUUCCAGAAAGCAAGUCGAUACAGCUCUACAAUUCUACACUUUGGCUAUAGUCUAUAGAGCCUUGUUUUUGUGUAUGGAACAUCAGUUAAAGCUUAAUGUCUCAAUCAUCGAAACAAAACGCUAUACCCACAAUGAUGUACUUUUCGGAAAGGUGUAUUAUGUUUGCCAAAACAUAUAAGAAGACAGAAAUUCUGCCUAUAGAUUUCACGUUGGGAAAACUACUCGACAGCAACGUUGUUGAUAAGAUCAUUUGCAUUUCCCUCCAUUGUCAGCCAUUUUGACUGCAGUUACAUGAAGAAACUAUGGAUUCUUAUUGGCUAGUUAUUCAAGCAGCUCAGCACUAAGCUCGCAACAUCUGCAGAUGUUGAGAUUUUUCCUCGCGAGGUGAAAAUAUCAAACACGAUAGAUACUUUCCUCAAGGCCUCGAGAGGUUAUUAAAUCCUCAUGAAAACUAUCUGCACACAAGAGAAACAUGCUGAGCUAGUCGCCACACAAGGCUAGAUAAAAUAUCUCUACAUUACCCAAGCCGACCAUUCACAUCUAGUAUAAAUUUAUAAAUUGUGUUAUUUACAUAUUACUCAAUUUAUUUCUGUCUUCAGGCAGCAUGGUGUUUGAAGACACGUGCAUUAACUGAACAAGUUUAUGUUGACGAGAUCGAAGUUGAUGAAGAAGGGAUUGCGGAGGUUUUGAUGGACGAUAAUUCAAUGGCACAGUUACCUAGUUAGUUCACACUUCAUGUUUCACAACACCAUUGAAAUAUUUCAUAGGUCUUUGUUUUUAUAUUUCAACGUUUUUUCAUGUGAGAAGACGUACAUAGCUGGGGGGGGGGGGCAAGGGGGGAAACUGCCCCUCCCAGAGAAAACUAUAUUUACGAUUUUUAGAAUGUCAUUAUUAAUUAUACUUUGGAUAUUUGGGACUUUUUUCGGCAUAUAGGCCUUACUGCCUCCCCUGGUAAAAAAAUUCUGCGUACGGCCCUGUACAACCUAGGCACAUGUGACAUCAUUGAAGUCAGUUAACCUGCAAAUUAAGUGCUGCCUGCCAAAUAAAGUCCCUACUGUAGGUCUAAGCUGAUCUUGUCUCAAACUCCAAGGAAUAUUUUUUCAUGCUGUACUACAGACACUCGUGCCACAGAAUAAGGACACACAGAAGGUUGACUCAGCCAAAUACAGUAACCACUGCCACGCCAUGAUUCGUCAUCAAAAUGCUGACGUCAUGGCCUUAGCCAGUGUGCUUAUGCUCUAUAUUUUCAGGGAAUUUGUUUUACUUACUUCUCUAUUUCACCCUACUGGGCCUCACACUUACUUUUCUUUAACAAUUAGGACCAGGAACCUCCUUAAAGAAACCAGGGACUGGUAUUGGUGCACCAACGCCUGGCGUCAGGUAUCAACAAAAUUAUGUUGACAACUACAGUCAGUGGAAACUUUGGUUUAGCAAAGCUUGGAAACUUAUAGAAAUAAAAAAAUAGCACUUGUAGAAUCAAAAUAGCUUGCAUAAAUAGAAUAGGACGUGAAGUAGAAACAGAAAAGGUGUCUACUUUUGCAGUGAAAUAGAAAAGGAACCCACAAAAAGAGAAAAAUAAGUAGCAUGUAUUAUCAAGAGCCCCAGUAUUACAACUUAUCAACAAGAUGCAUGUGUUGGCACUGCUUGUUUCCAGUUAUUGACAAGUCUGGAACAAGUUGUUAUCAUCUUGUAACAAGGUUGAUGAGACCAACAGACUCGCAACAAGUUGUUCCAACAAGUCUGAUAUCGUUUAAACAAGUUGACGACAACAAGCUCGUAGCAACUUGUUACGAACAGCUUGUAUUAGUCUUGUUGGAACAACUUGUAGCAAGUCUGUUACCGUCAUCAACCUUGUAACAAGAUGAUGAUAAUGGCCUCGUAAUAUAUUUGCUAGGCCUAUGUCACAAUCAGGUCGCCCUCUCAGUGGCUUUGUGCGACCGGGCACGCAAAGUGCUCGUCCAGGGACAAUGGAACAGGCACUUCGUUCAUCAAGAACAGCUGGUACAGCGAGGUAAGACAGAGAACAUCUUAGGCAACGUUUACAGUACACUUUCCGUUGCGACGUGAAAAAAAAACACGUAUCCGUACCUUUUAGGAAUGUUAUUUUCACAGCAAUUAUUGCAACGGAGAGAUGUUGUUUCGCUCAAAAAUGCAUGAAUGAAAUCGAGCCGGCUUUAUUUCAAAUCACUUUUCAAUGCGCGGAUCCCAAGUUCUUUACAAACUUGCCAAUUUACAAUUACGUUUCCAAGUUCGAAAAUUGGGCGCGAACUUCGCAACAAAGUUCACAAGUACAUUUCAAUGUUUGAAGUAUUGUAAACAAAUGUUCAUAAUUGAAGUUCAAAUUAACAAUUCAAUGGAAAGUUCUUGGUUCAAUGGUCUACCAAGAAGGUUUGUAUUUCAUUGAAUUGGUUAUUAUUAUUGAGUAUGAACAUUUGUUUACAAACGAAGCUCAAACAUUGAAAUGUACUUGCGAACUUUGUUGCGAACUUUGCGCCCAAUUUUCAAACUUGGAAACGUAAUUAAAUUGGCAAGUUUGCAACGAACUUGGGACCCGCGCGUUCAAAAGUGACUUGAAAUCUACAAUAAAUCUUUGUUUUACUUGAAAUGCAGACCCGUGACAAGUGCCUCUGGUCGCUUUGUUCGUUUGGGAACGGUGAGUCGACGUUGGAAUAUGCACAAGCGUAGUUUAUUGUUAUUUGUGAAGUGUAUUGCAUUUGGAAACAUGAGUGUCACUUUAUGUUUUAGGCAUCGAUGCUGUCUCAGCCAGAUGGACCUUUUAUUAAUGUACCAAAAUUAAACUUAGUAAAAUACGCACAACGACAGAAUCUCGCUAAGGUAAAAAACGUCCACCAAUGUACCAAUGACCAAGACAGUUUGCUAAAUGCUAAUGAUACUUCCUUUUCACUUUUAGUCCCUUUUUGAGUACAUAUUUCAUCAGGAAAACGAUGUUCGCAACGUAAGAUUUCUUUAUUUUAUACUUCAUUUCAUGUACACAUAUAAAAACGCAAAAGUUGUAACAAAUCUGCAGCAGACUUGUAGCAAUGCUGUUCCAACAACUUGUCAACAGGAUGUGUUCGCACUGCUUGUACCCAGCUUGUUGACAACUGGCUACAAGGUAGUUGAGCUCAACAGACUUGUUACAAAUUGUUCCAACAACUUGUUGUCGUCCUGCAAUUCAACAAUUUGUCAACAAGUUGUGAGUGACAACCUUGUAGCAACUUGAUAAAAUAACAGCAUUGUUACAACUUGUUAACAAGCUUACUACAAGCCUGUUGCGAACACAUCUUGUUGACAAGUUGUGAGUGUUUUACGUUUUGGUACGCGAGUGUAAAAGUAUAUCGAUUUCGAAGAUCGAGAUUGAUAUUUUACCAAUGUUAACUUUCCAAUUUAAGGCAUUAGAGUUGGCAGCUCGGGCGACAGAAGCUUGCAACUUUAAAGAUUGGUGGUGGAAAGUACAGUUAGCCAAGUGUUACUACAGACUGGGCAUGUUUCGUGAUUCCGAGAAACAAUUAAAAUCUUCAUUACGAGAUCAAGAAAUGGUCGACACAUAUUUAUAUCUUGCUAAAGUUUAUGUUCGCUUAGAUCAACCUCUUACUGCUAUCGAGAUCUUGAAAAAGGUAAGGUGUUCUUACAAGAGAUUCAGUUAUCUCUUAUCGGUGAAGUGUUACAGACUACAGGAGGAAACCUAAACUAAACUAACUUUAUUUAUACUGGAUAGCUCUAUCAGUUCUAAACUGUUCUUCUUAGAGAACCAGUAAGGAUCAUUUCGUAUUGACCCAGUGUUACUAUAGGAAGAAACCUAAACUAAACUAACUUUUUUAACUAACUUUUUGGAUAGCUCUAUCGGUUCAGUUAUAAACUGUUCUUCCUAGAGGUCCAGUAACGGCCAUCUUUUAUUAGUCAAGGUGAUAUUAUUACGAGAGCUUUGUUAGUUGUGAUAACAUUAUUUUUACUGUGGUUCAGGGAAUUGAAAAGUUCACAGGAGAAACUGCCCUGCUCACAGGAAUAGCAAGAAUUCACGAGGUAAACUAUACAGACUGAAGUACAUAGACUGGUACAAAGUCUUCUAGUAACGGACACACAGUUCAAUUCACAUCAUUGAGGAUAACUCACAUGCCUAUGUAUAGUCACCUCUGUUGUGAUAAUGUAAGCAUAAAAUGAAACAAAGGUGACCUGAUAAACAGCAUAAACAUGCAGACAGUUAGAAUAGUUAUAAAGACAGCAGUAAUGUACAAAGUUCAUCGUCUCUCUUGUAUUUCCAAGGCUUUGAACAAUAUGUCAGACGCAGUGCAAGUAUAUAAAGAUGUUCUACAUUAUGACAAUACUCAUGUCGAAUCCAUCGCCUGUAUUGCUACACAACAUUUCUACACUGACCAACCCGAGGUUGCUCUCAGAUAUUUCAGGUAUAGAAUUAUGCUGGAUAGCUCGAUUACUUCUUCUAAACUGUUCUUUCCAGAGGUCCAGUAAGGAUCAUCUCUUAUUGAUCCAGUGUUACUACAGGAGGAAACCUAAACUAAACUAACUUUAUUUAUACUGGAUAGCUCUAUCAGUUCUAAACUGUUCUUCCUAGAGGUCCAGUAAGGAUCAUCUCUUAUUGAUCCAGUGUUACUACAGGAGGAAACCUAAACUAAACUAACUUUAUUUAUACUGGAUAACUCUAUCAGUUCUAAAUUUUUUUUCCUAGAGGUCCAGUAAGGAUCAUCUCUUAUUAAUCCAGUGUUACUACGGGAGGAAACCUAAACUAAACGAACUACAUUCACAUAUAUUUUAUAUUUUCACAAAGAUUCAAAAUGAGGUUAUCUUUCCAGACGCCUUCUUCAGAUGGGAGUUUACAACACAGAAUUGUUUAAUAAUCUGGGAUUAUGUUGUUUCUACGCCCAACAAUACGAUAUGGCCUUGAACUGCUUUGAACGAGCAUUGAGUCUUUCAACAGACGAAAAUAUGGCUGAUGUUUGGUACAACAUUGGUCAAGUCGCAUUGGUAAUAAAUGUAGCUAUAUAUGUAGACAACUUUACAAUUAUGGAAAAACGCACAAGUUGUAACAAACCUGCAGCAGAUUUGUAGCAAUGCUGUUCCAACAACUUGUCAACAGGAUGUGUUCGCACUGCUUGUUCCCAGCUUGUUGACAACUUGCUACAAGGUUCCAACAACUUGUUAUCGUCCUGCAAUUCAACAAUUUGUCAACAAGUUGUGAGUGACAACCUUGUAGCAACUUGAUAAAAUAACAGCAUUGUUACAACUUGUUGACAAGCAUGCUGCAAGCCCGUUGCGAACACAUUCCAAAAAAUUGUGAAAAUUUUACGGUCACUCUCUGUCUCUCUUAGCAUUACAGUAAGGGAAUUCUAACUCAUAAUUUUUUUCUAUUUCUGUAGCGUAUCGGUGAUUUGGCAUUGUCGUAUCAAUGUUUUCGUCUCGCGCUGGCGGCGGACAAUAAUCACGCAGAAUCAUAUAACAAUCUUGGUGUGCUGGAAUUCAGGAAAGGAAAUAUCGACCAGGCAAGAGUCUUUUUCCAAACAGCGCAGAAUUUGGCAGCGUUGAUGUACGAACCGAAUUUUAACUACGCGUUGUUGUCACAGAAAGUAAGUAAAGAAUAAUGUACCACCUUGGUUUCUUCCUGUAGUAAGACUGGAUGAAUAAGAGAAGAUCCUUACUGGACCUCUAGGAAGAACAGUUUAGAACUGAUAGAGCUAUCCAGUAUAAAUAAAGUUAGUUUAGUUUAGGUUUCCUCCUGUAGUAACACUGGAUCAAUAAGAGACGAUCCUUACUGGACCUCUAGGAAGAACAUUUUAGAACUGAUAGAGCUAUCCAGUAUAAAUAAAGUUAGUUUAGUUUAGGUUUCCUCCUGUAGUAACACUGGAUCAAUAAGAGAUGAUCCUUACUGGAUCUCUAGGACGAACAGUUUAGAACUGAUAGAGCUAUCCAGCAUAAAUAAAGUUAGAAUUAGUAAAAUUAAAGCAUUAUUUCUUGUUAUUUGAUAAAGGUUGGUGAUCUUCAAAGCAGUUUUUCUGCAGUCAAUAAAUCUCUUGAAGCAUUCCCGGAACAUUGGGACAGUAAAGACCUACUGCGGCAACUCAGGGUGGAGUUAGCUGCCUUGUAAAUAACUGAUGUGCAUGGGCUGAAGGAUUCAUUCAAUUGUUUAAAUUAUUCAAAUACGUAUAGAUAACUACUGUACGAUAUUUGUUGUAAAUAAAUUUACUUUAUGCUUCAGACUGACUGUUCUGAUAAUGUAAGCAUAGAAUGGAACGAAGGUAAGUUAAAGAGUAAAUUGAUAACUCCAUAAAAACUGUUUUGUUUUUGAGAUUUUUAUUACACAUUUUCUCUGUUUUACAAAAAUAAAGCCAAACACUAAACAUUCUAAACUCAUUUUAUUUCUAAACUCAAUUCUCAUGCAAUAACUGUCUAUCUUUCAAAGCCAGCUCUGAUAAACAGUACUAAACUAAAUUCAACAUUUGCAUAUCUUAAACCACACGCAUUAAGCAAAUAUUAUUAGACAGAUUUAGAUCGAGGACGCGGACGUCAAAGACGACGUGAAAAUGGCGUGGCAUAUCCAUACAUGGGCACAACACGCCAUUUUCACGUCCUCGAUCUAAAUCUGUCUAUUUAGUAUAAAUGCUAUCACCCAUUCUACUUUUUAAUUUUUAGCUGAAAUACGCGUAUCCGUGCAUAGGAAUGAUCUACAGGGUGUCCCAAAAAAACUCCAAAACUAUUGAAAUAACAUAUUGUUAGAAUUUGAAUGCCUCAGCACUUUGCUGAACCCACAAGCGCAUAAAAGCUUGCCAUUAUUAAAUUUUAUUUGCCGCAGAUGUAAAAUAAAUCAUGAAGGUUUUCAGGGUUGAAUUCCUGGAAAGUCCUUGAAUUGGAAAAACAAAAUUCCAGGACUGGAAAAUCAGUAGAAGUUCUUGAAAGUCCUGGAAUUAAUUUCCUUAACCUCCAGCUGUGCCAACAUUCAUGAUUUUUAUUAAAAUUACUGAAUAAAGUAAAUUAUUUACGACAAAUCCGCGCCAUUUUCAAACACUUUCCGGUUCUAGUUCCUCGAAUUUACUGAAAAAGGGUCUUGAAAGUCCUGGAAUUUCAUCUUCACUACAGGGUGGACACCCUGGGUUUUACUUAAUACUUCUAUUAAGGCUUAAGCGGUACGUUAAAUUAAUGAGCAAGUAUAUUAAUUCAUAUGUUGAGAUGUUGGAUGAAAUUGAAAAUCUUUAAAAUAAUUUGCCAUGCAUAAAGUUCAAUUAAAUUAUGUGUAUACACACUCGUGGCUUAGCGUGGUGUUCAGGCAUUGAAAUUAUAACAAUAGGCUAAUUUCUAAAGGACUGCAUGGCAAUAUUGUUAUGGAUUGUGGUUGGUGUUGUAAAAAGGGGCCAUUUGUUUCCGUUGUCACUGGCUAUUUUCGAAACUGUGUUGGGAUGAAUAUACUGGCACAAAAUGUUCUGAUUUUGGAACUGGAAAAUAAUAUCACAACGGAGUACUGUGCACGCUAACUAUUCAUUGUUGUUGUCGUUGUCGUCGUCGUCGUCGUCGUCGUUGUUGUUGCUUAUUUUUUGACAUACUUGCAGCGAUGUCUUGCUGAUUAGGACUAUGUUUAUUGUUGCAUUUUAGGCUGUUGCUGUUGUCGCUAUUGUUGCUGUCGUUGUUUUUCACCAGAGCAGAUUCCUAAACAAAUGUUUCUGCUCUGAUUAUCAGAUACUAUUUCAGCCCUGUACUAGCCUUGUGGCUAUUUUUCUGUCGUCGUCGUCGUUGUUGUUGUUGUUGUUGUUGUUGUUGUUGUUGUUGUUGUUGUUGUUGUUGUUAUUGUUGUGUCUGUUGUCAACUUGUCAUUUUAAAUCAUUGCUGAUUAAUUGUGACUCGUUGAUACUGUGUAUUUGUGCUCCUACCGACAUUUGACCGCACGGUUGCCCAAUAUUUCUCGUUUCAAUUUUGCUUUUGUCCCGUCGUGUUUUGUAAGUUUUUUUUCAUGUUGGUGUUUAAACAUAUUUGUUUGUCGCAUUUCUGUUGUUGCUAUUCUGCUGUUGUUGUUGCGAUUGCUGUUAUUGUAGCUUGCUGUUAUUAUUUUAAUACUUUGUUGUUGCAUUGCUGUUGUUUGCAAUUUUGUUGUUGUUGUUGUUGUUGUUGUUGUUGCCGUUGCUACUAUUAUUGUAGACUGCUGUUAUUACAUUUUGUUGUUGCAUUGCUGUUGUUGCUAUUUUGUUGUUGUUGUUGUUGUUGUUGUUGUUGUUGUUGUUGUUGUUGCCGUUGCUACUGUUAUUGUAGACUACUGUUAUUACAUUUUGUUGUUGCAUUGCUGUUGUUGCUAUUUUGUUGUUAUUGUUGUUGCCGUUGCUACUGUUAUUGUAGACUGCUGUUAUUACAUUUUGUUGUUGCAUUGCUGUUGUUGCAUUGCUGUUAUUGCUAUUUUGUUGUUGUUGUUGUUGUUGUUGUUGUUGUUGUUGUUGUUGUUGUUGCUGUUAUUGCUAUGUUGUUGUUGUUGUUGUUGUUGUUGUUGUUGUCAUUGCUACUGUUAUUCUAGCUUCUUGUUGUUGUUGUCGUAGCUUUUCUACUGAUCGCACUGACUAUUUAUUAAAACUUGCUAUUUCUGUUCAGUUGUUGAUGUGGCUUGGCGGUUCUAAACCGAUAUCUUUUGAGAUAUGUCGUUUGAAAUGUUUUUGUAUUGUCUUGUUUUGUAAAUGUUGUUUUCAACUUUUCCAAGACAUGAAUUGUCGAUGUCUUUAAGAAAUGUUGUACAGGAAGAUAUUUUCAACUCGCCAUAGUAACUUCAAGUUACGAUACUGUCGUUUUUGUUCAUGUAAUGGUACUGUAAAAAGUUCUUAUCCCAAAGUUAACAUUGAUUUAGACGUCAUCCAAUAUAAAUGGUUGUUAGUUGUAUUGUCGCAGUAGUAUAUGUUGUGUUAGAAAUAUGUUGUCGCUGUUCUUGUAUCCGCAAUGAAACGGCCUACCACAAUGUUGACAUUUCUACGAUGUCCUGUGUAAAAGUUUGUUAGUGUUGUUGUUCAAGUAUGUUGUGUUAGAAGCAACCCGUCAGUUGCUACGACUCGGGUCCGAGGGUUCGUCAUACCCUAAAACCACUUGCAUAAUGGUUCCCCUGCGGUAGAGUGAAGAAUAGUUCUGCAGCUUUGUCCGUUGGAAGGCAUUAAAAUGGUCGUCAGCUUCAGGUUCUUCAGAAACCGCAGUAAUUGGAAACAUCUGUUCGCAAUAUAGCAUCCAAUUUGGCUCGCAAUAUAGCAUCCAGUUUUCAUGUUUACCUGUGCGUAUUCUCAGAAUUAAUGCUGGCUCACACUAUCAAAGUUUGUGUGAGUUAGUUUCCUCAAACAUUUCUUACAAAUCCUUCAAAACAUAGCAAACUAUGCAAAAUUCCUACUGUGAUCACACAAACUUUGAUAGUCCAGGCUUUAUGGUCAGUCGAAAAUGGCCAGUCGACUUUUAGAAUGUGUUCUCAUGCUCGUUAUGUUUACUAACUCACUUUCCAACGACUAAUUUUUAUUCAACUGUAUUUUUUUACUCUUUUAAGGAACAAAAGCAUUCCUCGCCCAAUUCAGACGUCUGCUUUCAUAUUCAUAUAAAAGUACGACCUAAGAGAGCGAAUUAACGAUUAACGAAUACGCGCAUGAAAUAUAUUAUGCAAUUAAUACUUUAUGAUUUUUAAGUUAAACGUAUGACCAGCAUACUCGGUAAAAUACUUGCAAUAAAAUUAUAUAUAAUAUAAAGGCGUUCUGGAACAAAAGCAACAUGAAAUAAAAUGAUCACAACAAAGUAUUAACAAUAUUUUCUCACUCUGAGCAGGUUGACCACAAGCUGCUGCACGAUAGUUUUUGGUGAAAUUACUGAUCCUCAAAUAUAGAGUUGAAAUUCUGUUCCGUUGUAACAAUUUCUGUUGGCUAACUUGGGAGCAGUGUUAGGUAUUUCUUUCAAUGUAGAGUUUUAUCCAAACUUUUAGCAACGCUAAAAGUUUGGCGAAAUAAUAUAGCUUGUUCUUAGUUUAAGAUCUUUUGCUUCAGUCAUAGAAACAUUGUACAUGACCAACUCAGUACAAAGAUUCCAUGGCGACCCUUCUAGUUCAUGUUGCUUUGCGUCCCAUUCGUGUUUCUACGUUUUCUCAAUUUUCUACGUACGUAACGUGCUGUGUGUCUCCUCAGAUUGUAAGCGGAGUGUCGCUAUCUGAUGUCAACUGCGAGUACAAACCUUUGGAAUCACGACAUGGUUUGAAACGCCGUAACCUAAACAUAUACAGAGGUUGGUUAUAGCUCCAGUGAGAGCGAUAUGUUAUUACAGGAGGAAACCUAAACUAACGUUAUUUAUAUUGGAUAGC